GCCAACUUGCUAAAGUAAAAGCUAUGCUUACACGAUGUAGUCUGUAGAACCAAGAAGUUUGUUUCUACACACGAGACAUUUUGCAAUGUCAUCUAGCUCUGCAGAUGAUGAGGCUGGUAGUUCAGCUGCAAGCGAUAUCAGCUUGCCUGACUUCCAGUCUGAGAUGAAGUCAAUAUUUUCUGAAGUUCACGAGCAACUGCCAUCUCUGGAUUAUGAGGAUGAGAUGAAUGAAGAAGGGGACGAUGAGGCCGAGGAAGACGACGAAGUUGGAUUUCAGCCGUGUAAUUACAGGAGUGCAGGACAACACGGCCACCUAUCCCUCGAUGAUAGUGCUGUUGACCAGGCAGGGCUGAAUAAACGAGACUGCGCCCAGCAGGAUCCUCUCGCGACCCCAGAGUUUGGCUCCGGAGAAGAGGAACUACCCGAGGACAGGGAGAGAUCCCCUCUUCCUCCACCUCCUGCUCCUGGUGCUCACUGCGCACAGGAACUGAGCGACAUGCUCGCAAAGUUUAUCCCUCAGCAGCCUCCAGUGCUGGAUGCGGCGAGCGUCAGUCUAGAUUUCGACGAGGAUAACGAUCGGAGUCUGUCGGAACUGCUGCAGUCGGAUGAGCUCUGUGCUGCUGGGGGAGAUCCAGAGGGCUCUGGUUGUGAUGGGAACGACGUCACACUGCUGCAGCAGCUGGCAGUGCUAGCGGACAGAUACGGCAGCUCAGCGUGGACGUCCGAUGCCACCAGCCUCCCACCGAGCUCCUCACACAGCUCCCCGCGGGGCCGCGUCGACGCAGAUUCGAUGACGGAUGGCAGGGGGGUGGUGGCCGUGGGCACCAGCACCAGGGAGCCAGACACCGUGUUCCUGGACCUGCGUAAUCGUGCCCCGCACGAUGAGCAGAGCCAGCGACGAGCCGACAACAUGUACUCCAUACGACGCAUACUCAGACUAGGGUCGGACGGCGGCACAGAGAGCUCAGACUCGGACUCGGAGAGCGGGAGAGACAGCGAAGACGAGACCGUCUCGUGGGAGAAGCAGCGUCUCAAGGUCAAGCAGACUCAGACGAAGGGCACGUCGUGCAGCCUGCAGCUGAAGCAGACACCCGCCGCCGAGAAGUUGCAGACGACGCCGACGGCGGAGGGUAGGGGGCCCACGGCCUCUGCGCGUCGCCGCGGCAACGGUCAGGUCGCAAAGAGCACAUGCGGCGUCUCCACGGUGAUGACGGUGGCGCCACCUGUCGCGCACGAGGAGAGGGAGACGGCGGAGCGGGGCGUCGGUACGAGUACAGGGGAGGGGUCGCGGGCGAGCGCGUCCAUGCGCGCCGUCAUGGCGACCGCAGCGACGCCGGGGGAGACGCUCGCGAGGAGGGGAGCGGAGGCGCAGGAGGAGAAGGUGCCAUCGCGCGCGCCGCCGCAGGGAAGCAAGGCGAAGAAGUCCGAUGAGAGCGCCAAGAAGCAGCGUGAGCGGCAGGUACGGAUGCGGGAGUCACGGCAACGCGUGCGCAAGCAGCUGGAGGCAAUGGCGCCGACGAUGUCUGCCGGAGAGCGACAGGCGAUGGCCGAUGUGACAGGGCUUAUCUACGACGAGGAGGAGUCGUACCGACCGGCCGUGCGGCCGCUGCCGGAGGUGCUGCCACCUGACACGGUGCUGGUCAGCGUGCUGAUGUCCAGCAGCGGUCAGAUCACGGAACAUCGCACCUGCAAGCCCAUCGACACAGGUUUGACGUACACGUUCCCGAUCCUGCUCUCGUGGCUGCUCCACCUGGUGCCAGCGCCCGGCGGCGCGGCGGACGCGGCAGAUGAGCCCGCGUGUCCGUUCAGCGUCAUCGGUCUGCAGCAGCUGUGGAUGAACGGUCAGCUGCAGCUCGCGAUCGCCGCCGUGCCCGACGCCCGCUACCAGGUGUCGCCGGUGAAGCACCGACGCAACAAGCGCGACGAGAUGCGGACGCCGUUCCAGCACGCCAUCGCCAAGUUUCUGUCGGCGAACACGCUGCACAGCGCGGGCGCCGUGGACGCGAGUCGCGCUGCCGCGAUGAAGUCGCGAUGGCGACGACGAGGACGAGUACUGCUACGCGGGCGACAACCCCACCGUGUCCUCGAAACCUCUGUCCACCUUCAUCCAGGUGAACGCAGAUCCGCACGCGGUGAGGCGCGUGUUUGGCGCUGAGCCUGGCUUCUUCUGGCAGACGGUCGACGUUCAGGGCUGCUCCCCGCACACGUCGCGCCGCCACACGCCGACACCGACAAUGCG